UUCGAGAUUUCGCGCACACAACUCGCAAACUAUGAGGAUAUUGCAACUUGCCCUAGCUGCAGUCUGAUGGUUAGAGUCGUUUAUGACCCGCUCGACUUUGAAGAUGAUGCGGACGAUGAUGACCGAGUACUGUAUGCCGAAUCGGAAUCGGAUUCACAGACAAACUCGGACGACGUUUCGAGCGCUGACAAUGCAAAGGACGAAAAGAGCACUUUGGAUGGCAAGACUCUUGCGGAAGCAGUUGACAAACUGAAUCUGUCGGAGCAUGCUCCCGAAGAAAUUCGGGAGACCGAUGCAACGGAGAAAGCUUCGCACCUGUUGCUGUGGUUGGCGCAUAAUGCACCGUCACACAUAGCCGUGAUAAUAUGGAAUUUACUUGCCACAUUUUGACUCAGCUGCUGAAUUUCAACGUAACUUCGGCUCUCUCCUCAACACCUUACAUAAAGGUACCACCGAACACUCUCGUAGAUCCAAAUUGCACCAAGUAACUUGAGAAAAAGACAUGGAAAGCCAGGCUUGGAAGUAAGGAACGUAUGUAGUGCUUUUUCUCCCUCACCGAUCUCGAUUAUAACGUUUACCGUGAUCACAUCGCCUUCAACCCAUCUGCGUCCCACUCAUCAAGGGGAAAAAAAUACCCAGAGUAAAUAUGGUAUUUUUUCAUGGAAACACUUUGAUUUGGUUGUUGCUCCAUCCCUUUUCACCUCUUCGCUCUCUUGACGCUGAAAGAAGAGAUGCGACGCACUUGCGGGUCUACAUCAGCUUGUUAAGCAGUCCACCCCGUAAAGUCAACAACAUCAGGAUUAACGGCCCUUAUUACAAGUCCUGGCAUUUCAUCACGGUGUCUGUAGUUGGUCUGUUACUGCUAGCUGCAGUUGCCUUUUUCAUCUUCUCACGUCUUCGUGCGCGGAGGAAGAGAGCAUGCAUGGACAAGGUGUUCACGCCCGCGAUGGCUGGAGCAAACGCAUACGCUCCGAUGACUGAUCCUGUGUCGCGCCCGCAAAGUGUCAAUUAUGCCUAACCGCCGCAACGCUCCAUGUCGUAUACCCAAUAGAACGGACUUACCGAAGUACAGCACCAACCUCUUAGACU